GCCAACUUUCCCAACCCAAACUCAGACGCGUCCCCCAGUCCCCACCUCCGUCGCCGAUGACACCGCGCGCCCCGCAGCUUCGGCACCACCCGCCGCACCUCCUCCUCGCCGAGGCCGUUGCCUCCUGGCACCCCUUCCACAAGAAGCCCUGUCGCUCGGACCGCUCCACCGCUCCCCCUUCCUCGGCCCGCCUCCCUGAUGCGGAGACUCCGACGCCUGCCCCCUCGGGGGGCGCUAGCGGCGGAUCCUUCCGGUGGUUCGGGCUCCGCAAGCGACGCCGCCGCGGUGCGGGCUCGCGGUCCGUGUCCGGCCGCAGCAGCGACCGCCGGAGAUCUGGCACGUGCUCCGACUUCCAUUUCACGUGCGGCGCCGAUGGUGGUGGUGGCGGCGGCGGCGCCACUGACUCCAGUGGGGAGAUGUGGGCGUCAGAUGUCGGGGAGGUGCGGAUGAGGGACGUGUCGAUGGCGACGGAGUUCGGCCCGGCGCCCGUUAGCGGGGUUGGUGUCGGAGGUGGUGGGGUCGGCGCUGCAGCGGAGGCAGCGGCCACCGAUUCUGGGUACGGGAGCGAACCUGGGUACCGUGGAGACGUGGAGCUGGGAUACAGAGAUGAAAUGGACGAAGAAGAUGAGGAUGGGAGGCAACAGCUGUUCUGGGACGAGGUGAUUGGAGGUGAUAAGCGUCUUUGA